AUGUCAAUGGCCCCCCAAUUUUGCGAAAACUGGAAAAGGACUUGGUUGGCUCGGCGUCCAGGCUGCCGUCUCAUUCGCAGUCGUCACUUUGGCUCGCAAAUCACGGACAACCCCGACUAUGGGAGCAGCAACCACAAUGCCAACGCCCGCGACACGCUUCUGGCGAGUCCCGCCGACUCGGGCUAUGGAUCUGUCGACGAUGAACAGCAUCUAGCUUCACCUACGCUGCGGCGCAGAUCGCCCCCUGCCGUGGACGGCCCUGGAUCCUGGGACGAGCCAGAGGGGGCAGCAGAGGCCACACUGCAUCGCACUACCACAGUCCUUCCCCGUGGACGCCCGCACGUCUCGUCAAGCUCCAGGCGGCGAGAAGGCGGGAGCGCGCGCUUGUUGGACAGAUUUGUUCCCCUCCGCGACCACUCUGCCUCCACCACGGAGCGAUAUCACACGGCCAAACAGCCGCGAGCACUGUCCCCAUCCGAGAGACUCACACGGCAUGGGGCGGCUUUCAUGGGCCCCUUUGCAGCUUCUCAUUGGCGAGAAGCAGGAACAGCCAUCCAAUCCUUGGGUGCAGUAUCAAUGGCGGCCGCAUCUUAUCGGCUUCGUACCGGCGGAGGGAAUACUACGACCCUUUCCGUAACGCCGCCUCAACAAGGCGAACAGCUGGCCCGUCAUUCUACUUUGGAGACUGUUGGCAGUUCGACCUUCGGCGAUACCGCAGUCGAUGACGGCCACGGCCACCUCCUCCGGCGGGGAACCAAUGCCCGUCUGUUCGCCUCCCCCUCGCUUGUAGCGAGGCCAAGCGCCCAAGACGACCUUGAGAGUUAUCACGGCCGCGUAGCAUACGCGCUCGACAUAGAUCGCAUCCGCAAGAUCCUCGACUUCGGCUCGCACUUGCCGGCUCCCAGUAUGCAGUCAAAGCCCUGCCACGGACCCGCUCAUCUCGCAAAGCCGACCUGGGGUAACAACGAGUGGCCUGAGGUGAAGCAUUGCGAGUCCCCACGCGAGUCCUUGGAGCGAGCUGUUCCAAGGGCGCCUUUCAGGGUGUUAGACGCGCCAAGUCUGCGUGAUGACUAUUACUGCUCCGUGUUGGCAUAUUCGACCAACUGUCAGACCCUCGCGGUAGGCCUCGGAAACGUCCUCUACACCUGGUCCGAGGGUCUUGGGGUUCGCACAGUCAACGGUGCACAAGUUGACAGCGUCUGGCUAACUUCGAUUGCCUUCUCAUCGUCGUUGGGAAAAAGAAACAUUCUGGCUGCCGGUCGAUCUGACGGCACGCUCAUCCUUACGUCCAUCCAAGACGGACUACCGCGGUUCGAGGUGCAGCAGCCAUACUCAAUCACUUGUCUGGGUUGGCGGCCAUUACAGACGGAGGAUCUUGUAGUAGGGGACGGGACGGGCACCUUGUACUACUACGCGGUCGAGUGGCCAAUGGGUUGGGAAGUCUCCCGAGACACCUGGCCUGGUUCCAUGUCCCUGGUCGCCAAGAUCUGCCUUCACAGUCAGCAGAUAUGCGGUUUGGCGUGGUCGCCAGACGGACAGCUUCUCGCGUCGGGGGGAAACGACAAUCUUUGUUACCUCUUGGACGUCAACAGAGUUCUCGGCCACAAUCAGGGCGCGGACACGAUGGGUCGCCAUAGAAGACUGGGCGAUGGAUGGGGCUUCGUAGCAGAGAGCCUGCAGCACGACGAGAUUGCUGCGGGGCUCGCCCGGCAAAGGCCGACUGCGAACGAGACGACAAGGAUGGAGAGCGGGGCCGAAGUCCGGACGGUUCAGACGACGCCUGGCAGCAUCCGAACACUGGGUCCCGGAUGCGAGACGCAGCUUUGGGUUCAUAGGGCUGCAGUCAAGGCCAUCGCCUUCUGCCCUUGGCGCAACGGCCUUGUUGCCACGGGAGGCGGUUCCAACGACAAGUGCAUCCACUUCUUUCAUACGUCGUCCGGGUCCGCACUGGCCACCAUUGCGGUUGCAGCACAAGUCACGUCCCUCAUUUAG